AGCUUAUGUUUGUGGUCACUAAGCCCCCCUCCCCACGUGGACUCAGAUAACGACAUUGAACUUUAAUGCUGAGUGUUAUGUUCUGUGUGCCACCGUUGUAAAUGAGGUGCUCUAAAAUGUCACUUUAUGUUACAUGCAAUGCCACUAGCAUGCAGUAGAGGGGGAAGAGACUUAAGCGUCACCGAAAACUUGAUUCCAUCCACUCCUGCAGCCACUUCUGACCCUGCCAACGAAUCCUCCACACACCUGCAGCUCUGCUGAAAUCGGCAAGGCCUGGGAUUUGAAUUCAUCUUCAUCAUUCAUUUGAGAAAACCAUUGGAAAUACAAUGAGACUUCUCAGAAGCAUUUGCCUGCUUUGUAUUAAUGUGAUGGCAGUAGAGGGCUGGGCUCCAACCCUGCCAGAAGGAAGGGAAUUGACAACCAACUUGUCCAACAUGUCUCUAAGAAGGGUUCCCGCAAACCUAACCCCCACCUCUACCAUACUGGAUUUAUCCUACAACCUACUGUUUGAACUCCAGAAUUCAGACUUUCAUACUGUCUCCAAACUCAGAGAUUUGAUUCUGUGCCAUAACAGCAUCCAGCGGCUGGAUCUCAAGAUCUUUGAUUUCAACAAAGAGUUAAGAUAUUUAGAUGUGUCUUACAACAGACUGAAGGUCGUAACUUGGUACUCACUGGCCAGUCUCAGACAUUUAGAUCUCUCCUUCAAUGACUUCGACACCAUGCCCGUCUGUGAAGUGACUGGUAAUAUGUCACACUUGGAAACCCUAGGCCUGAGCGGAGCCAAAAUACAAAAAUCAGAUUUUCAGAAAAUUUCUCACUUGCAUCUCAAUACUGUCUUCUUAGGAUUGAAAGCUCUUUCUCAUUAUGAAGAAGGCAGCCUGCCUAUCUUAAACACAACAAAACUUCAUAUUUUUCUGCCAACGAACGUAAAUUUUUGGGUGCUCUUGUAUGAUGGACUUAAGACUUCAAAAAUACUGGAAAUGACAAAUAUAGAUGGCCUAAGUCAAUUUUUAAAUGAUAAGCCUCAACACAGUUUCAUUUUGGAGAAGUCUAAGACAUCUAUUCUGUUGUUUAAUAAAGUUAGUUUGCUCUGGAAUGACCUCUUCCAUAUCUUGCAUUUUAUUUGGCAUACCCUGGUGGAAUACUUCCAGAUCAAAAAUGUGACAUUUGGAGGUAAAUUUAAUUUUGACUAUAAUUACUCCAACUAUUCAAAUACUACCAUGAAAGUUAUAAAACUGGAGCAUGUUCAUUUCAGAAUUUUUCAGAUCCCACAGGAGAGAAUCUACUUGUUUUUCACCAAAAUGGGUAUAGAAAACCUCACAAUAUCAGACGCCCAAAUGCCUCACAUUCUUUUUCCUGAUUAUCCUACCCAAUUCCAGUAUUUAAAUUUUGCCAAUAACAUCCUAACAGAUGACCUGUUUCAAAAACCUACCCAACUGCCUUCCUUGAAAACUCUCAUUCUGAAGGGGAACAGACUGGAGACACUUUCCUUAGUGAGUCACUUCGUUAACCUCACACCAGUGAUGCACUUGGAUCUGAGUCAAAAUCUACUACAACAUCAAAACAAUGCUAACUGCUCAUGGCCAGACACCUUGCUUACCAUGAACCUGUCAUUCAACAAGUUUGCUGACUCUGUUUUCAGAUGUCUGCCCAGAACUAUUCAAGUCCUGGAUCUGAAUAAUAACAAAAUUCAGACUAUCCCUAAAGUGAUGACCCAUUUGCAAUCCUUGCGAGAGCUAAACAUUGCUUUUAAUUUCCUCACAGAGCUCCCUGGGUGCAGCCAUUUCAGAAAGCUCUCAAUUCUGAACAUUGAAAUGAACUUACUUUUCAGCCCUUCUCUGAAUUUUUUGCAGAGCUGCCAGGAAGUGAAGACUCUAAAUGUGGGGAAAAAUCCAUUCUGGUGUACUUGCGACUUAAGAGAUUUCAUUCAGUUUGGGAAAUAUUCGGAGGGCAUGGUGGUUGGAUGGUCAGAUUUGUACAUCUGUGAAUACCCUUUGAAUCUAAAGGGGACUCAGUUAAAGGAUGUUUACCUUCCCGAAUUCUCUUGCAACACGGCUCUGUUCAUUGUCACCUUGGUGAUUAUUGUGCUACUGCUGGGCAUAGCUGUGGCCUUUAGCUGCCUCCGCUUAGACCUGCCCUGGUAUCUCAGGACGCUGGGCCAAUGGGUGCGAAUACGUCUCAGGGCUGCAGAAGCAGCUCAAGAGCCCAAGAGGACUGUCCAGUUUCACGCAUUCAUUGCGUUUAGUGAACAUGAUUCUCUCUGGGUAAAGAAUGCAUUGAUUCCAAGUCUAGAGAAAGAAGAUGGUUCUGUCUUGAUUUGCACUUAUGAGAGAAACUUUGACCCUAUCAAGAGCAGAACUGAAAAUAUCCUGAACUGCAUUGAGAAAAGCUAUAAGUCCAUCUUUGUCUUGUCUCCCAACUUUGUCCAACAUGAAUGGUGCCAUUACGAGGAGAUCGCCCAUCACGAGUUCUUCCACGAAAACUCUGAUCAUCUCAUUUUUAUCUUACUGGAAGUUGUCCCAUUGUAUUGCAUUCCCACCAGGUACCAUAAGCUGAGAGCUUACAUGGAAAAGAAAGCACUCCUGGAGUGGCCCAAGAGCAGGCACAAAUGCAGGCUUAUUUUGGCAAACCUUCAAGCUAUUAUUAACGUGAAUUUAUCGUAUACCGGAAAAACGCAUGAACUACAGACAUUCACAGGGUUGAACCAACAGUCUCGGGGCUCUGCCAUAUCUCUGAUAAGAACAGAUUGCCUGUAAAGACCUCACCCUCCAGGGGAAAUUGAGGACCAUAUGCUCACUCACUGCUGAGAUGGAAAUUGUUCUGACCUUGUAAUGGCCACCUGGCAAUAUGUUAAAAUAAAAAACAAUUAUUGCUUUGAUGUCAGUUCCUGGAAGGAUUUCUGAAAAGGUACGCUACACAAACACUUGCACAGGUUCGCAAAUGAUUGUGCCAAAAGAUGUUCAUCUUGGUUUUGAUUAUAAUCAUGAAAAACCAAGACCAUUCCAAAUAUCCAUAAAACAGACAAUGCAAUAAGUUACAGUAUACUGGUACAAUAGAAUAUUGCACGCCACUAAAAAGAAUGGGGUAGCUGGUGUGGAGAAACUGCUGUUUGUAAAAUAAUCGACACCAGUACAGUGGUAGAGUUAAGAAUGGUUGAAGUCUGGGGCGUUUACAUGGAACAUGUAAUCUGUAGAGUAUAUAUGUUUUCACAAUGUGAGAACUGUGUAGAAUUAAUCUGUGUUUCUUAUGUAAGUACAAAAUACAAUAAAGAUUUUUAAAUCCUA